AUGGCCAAGUCUACCCGGUGUCUCGAUGGCCAAUUCACUCAAAUUGAGAGAUUGAUCACUGAGGAUUUGUCCCUUUUCAUGGAGAGGCCGGCUCUCAACAUCCAGGAUCAGGAGAUUCUUUCCAAAUUUCUGAGUGUAAUGGAGUGGUUGGACACCGAGGCCUGUGGCCAUGAGGGAUUGGAGGAUGAAAUCCUGUGCCCUGAGGAAUGGGGCCAGGAGAAUUGGGGCGACGAAGCUUGGAGCCGUGAAGGAGAGGAUGUCGAGGUCUUGAACAUCAAGGGUGUUGCAUGA